AUGGAUAAGGUGGAAUAUCCCAAGACACUCAUGGCUACAACCACUGUCCAACAGACCACUAGCAUUGUUCUGUUUGUUGGUGUUAGCCAGAUUACUUCUGCUAUUUUGGCCUUUCAUAUCACCAUGGUUGUGGCGAUUGUGGUAAAUCUUGUGGGGAGAGGGAGAGUCGUCAUUAUUAGAAGGAACAGUAAUCUUCCCCACCACAAAUCACCACUGCUCCUCCAUCUCACCCUAGCUAACCGCCACCACCGCACCAGUCCUGGCCACUUCCGCGACCGCCUUCAUCCCCAAAAUCCUUUCUCCUUCCCCUCCGCUGCCACCUCAAUCGCGCCACCGCGAAUCAUCCCUCGGCAACCCCACGGCGACCGCACCCCCCGCGAACCGCCUUUGCCCUCGGCCCUCAUUAAGCCCCAAAUCCACUCUUUUCUCCCCCUUCACCUGCGCCUGCAUCGGAGGCCCCUUGUGCUCCCUUCACCGCGUAGCCAAUCGCGCCACCGCGAACCCUUCCUCGGCGGAGCCAUCGCAGGCCACACUCUCCCGAGCAGCGAGCCACUCGAGGCGGUUCGGAGUAGGGUCACGAACCCACCCCUCUUUUCAUACCUUUCUACUUUGCUUCGAUUUCUUGGAUGCACCUUUCUUGAGUCUGGACUGUUUUUGUUAAUUUUGAUGUGUUUUGGCUGGAUUGAGUAUUGA